UUGGAUGAAACCUCGUCAAGUACUAGUGUCCAAUUUUCAAUUCAAGGUAAAUAUAAGGGUCUCUUAGGCUAUUUGGUCAGAAAAAAGGGAAAAAAGUCAAUGACUAAAAACCUCCACUUUCUUAUUUCCAUUUUCCAAUCAAAUCAUUUAUUUCAUUCUCAAAUUAUGUUUCAACUUCAAUUACUCCUCUCAAUUCUCACUUUGUCCUUUGCUGCCCAAUCAUAUUCUUCCACGUCGCAAUUCUCUAUUCUCCAAUCCAAUCAUCACCCUAAAUCCAACCUCUUAUCCAUCUCUGUCACUGAGUUUGGUGCUGCUGGCGAUGGCGUCAAAUACGACACCAUUCCGAUCCAGAAAGCUAUAGAUGCAUGCUCGACCAUCGUAUCCAAACAUCGUUGUCCAUGCCACGUUAUCUUCCCCCCGGGAAAGUACCUAACGGCAACAGUAUUCGUGAAAUCAGGCGUCGUAUUGGAUAUUCACCAGAAGGCAACAAUUUUGGGAGGAUCAAAGUUAGAGGAUUACCCGAAGGAGCAGAGCAGGUGGUAUGUGGUACUGGCGGAGGAUGCAGUGGAUGUUGGGAUCAUCGGAGGAGGAGAAAUCAAUGGACAGGGAUUGAAGUUUGUAGAGAGAUUUGAUGACAAGAAGAAUGUGAUGGUAAGCUGGAACCAUACGGGAGCUUGCCUUGGAGAUGAGUGUAGGCCGAGGUUGGUAGGGUUCAUCAGCUGCCGGAAUAUUAAAGUCUCCGAUGUUAGACUCAUUGAACCUGCUUAUUGGUGUUUGCAUGUUGUACGAAGUGAUAAGACAUCAAUCUGUGAUGUAACCAUAUAUGGGAACUUCAAUUCACCCAACAACGAUGGUAUAGACAUAGAGGACUCUAACAAUACAGUUAUCACUAGAUGCAACAUCAACACAGGAGACGAUGCUAUCUGUCCAAAGUCAUCAAAUGGACCUGUCUACAACCUCACAGCAACAGAUAGCUGGAUUCAAACAAAAUCUUCUGCCAUCAAACUUGGAAGCGCUAGCUUUUACACGUUCAAGAAUUUCUUGUUUGACAACAUUACAAUUGUUGAAUCUCAUAGAGGCCUCGCUCUACAAAUUCGAGAUGGAGGAAAUGUUAGUGACAUGAUCUUCUCAAACAUAAACAUCAGCACAAGAUACUACCACCCUUCAUGGUGGGGAAGAGCAGAGCCUAUCUAUGUGACAACCUGUCCAAGGGAUGCUAGUUCAAAAGCAGGUUCAAUUUCCAAUUUGCUAUUUGUGAACAUCACAGCAACUUCUGAAAACGGCAUCUUCUUAUCGGGGUCGGGAGGUGGAGUCCUGAGCAAUCUAAAGUUCUUAAACAUGAACCUGACGUACAAGAGAUGGACAAAGUUCCCAGAUGGGUUGGUAGAUUACAGGCCAGGAUGCCAAGAACUUGUAAAGCACCAACCUGCGGGAUUCAUGAUGGAGCAUAUUGAUGGUCUGGUUGUUGAAGAUGUAGUCAUGAAAUGGUCUAGUGAUGAAUCAAUGAGAUGGAAUAAUCCAUUGGAUUUCAGGCCAUCUACUGUAAAUAAUAUUUCUUUGCUCAAUUUCUACUCCAGAUCCUACCAAGAACAGUAAGGAUGAGGGGAUAAACAGGAAGCUGCAAGUAAAAAAGAAUUGUUCUAUAGAAAAAUAAAGCUGCAAAUAUGUGCUCAUGAUGAACGCAAAGGGAUGUUGAUUUGAGCUCGUCCCAGUUGAGCGCCCAUUCUA